AUGGCUGCCACAAUGGAAGUGGCAGAUAUCGUCGUCGUGGCAAUCUACUUCAUCCUGGUGCUGGUGAUUGGCUUCCUGGCCAUGAGGAGAGCCAAUCACAACACGGUGAGCGGCUACUUCCUCGCCGGGCGCUCCAUGAACUGGGCAGCUAUCGGAGCUUCCCUGUUUGUCAGCAACAUAGGAAGCGAGCAUUUCAUUGGACUUGCUGGAUCCGGUGCGGCUAGCGGGUUAAGCGUUGCUGCAUGGGAGUUAAAUGCCCUGUUACUUCUCCAAUUGUUAGGCUGGGUGUUCAUCCCUGUCUACAUUCAGUCGGGGGUUUUCACCAUGCCAGAGUAUCUGUCCAAACGCUACGGAGGGAAGCGCCUGAAGGUGUAUUUUGCAGCUUUGUCUCUCAUCCUCUACAUGUUCACCAAGCUGUCCGUGGACCUCUAUGCCGGAGCCUUGUUUAUCCAGGAAUCACUGGGGUGGAACCUCUACUUGUCAAUCAUCCUGCUCAUCACCAUGACCGCCUUGAUGACAGUCACUGGAGGUUUGGUCGCCGUCAUCUACACGGAUACAGUCCAGGCUUUCCUCAUGAUCACCGGAGCACUGUGUCUCACCGGCAUCAGCCUCGUCAAAGUGGGAGGGUUUGAAGGGGUAUGGACCAAGUACAUGCAGGCGUCGCCAAACAUCACAGCCAUCUUGCUGUCUUCACCCAAUCUGACGUAUUCGGAAUCCUGCCACCAACACCUCAUCCCAAAACCAGAUUCGUUGAGGAUCCUUCGAGGACCAAGGGAUCCAGACCUGCCUUGGCCUGGGUUUUUGCUGGGCCAGACUCCUGCCUCCAUCUGGUACUGGUGUACAGAUCAAGUGGUUGUACAGCGGGUUCUGGCAGCCAAGAACAUCGCCCACGCUAAAGGUUCAACCAUUAUGGCCGGCUUCCUGAAAAUCCUGCCGAUGUUCGUCAUAGUCAUCCCAGGGAUGAUUUCCAGGAUCUUCUUUGCUGAUGAGUUGGCGUGUAUCAGUCCAGAGCACUGCCUGGAAGUGUGCGGCUCUGCGGCCGGCUGUAGCAACGUGGCCUACCCGCGGCUCGUCAUGUCGGUGAUGCCCGUCGGCCUCCGCGGCCUGAUGAUGGCUGUCAUGAUCGCGGCUCUAAUGAGCGACUUGGACUCCAUCUUCAACUCAGCGAGCACCAUAUUCACGCUGGAUAUCUACAAGAUGCUACGGAAGAAGGCGUCAUCAAGAGAGCUGGUGAUGGUCGGAAGACUGUUUGUGGUUGCCAUGGUGAUCGUCAGCAUUGCGUGGGUCCCCGUCAUCAUUGAGAUGCAGGGAGGCCAGAUGUUCUAUUACAUCCAAGAAGUAACAGAUUACCUGACUCCACCUGUAGCUGCUGUCUUCUUGCUUGGAGUCCUGUGGCGUCGCUGCACAGAGACGGGGGCCUUCUGGGGUGCGAUGGUGGGCUUCACCAUCGGAGCGCUGCGCCUGGUGCUCGCACUUGUUUACCGCGAGCCACUCUGUGACCAGCCUGACGAGCGGCCGUCUUUCAUCAAAGAUGUCCACUUCAUGUAUGUAGCGGUCCUCUUGUUUUGGGGGUCCGCUUUAGUGGCUGUUGUCGUGAGUCUCUGCACCGCUCCACCCACACAGGAACAAAUCAGAACAACUACUCUGUGGGGGUUGAACCAGAGAAAGAAGCUAAAACAGCAAGAAAAAGAAAAGGCUGAUGAAGAACUCCAGUCUUUGAAGCCUCUUUACCAUGGAAACCUAAAUGGAGACAGUGUUCUUGGUAAAGAAAAGUGCACAGACAACCUUAACAAGCACAAUGGCAUUGAAACCAAUCAUGUAAAUGCUGAAUCACCUACUGUCACAGCUACUUACAUAGAAACCCACUAUCCCAUCCAGAAUGGUUGCUAUACAGUGGUUACUGAACCCAAAAUGGCAGAAGGAGAUGGAAGAGAAGGGAGGGAUGAGGUGGAGGAGGAGGAAGAGGGGGGCUGCUUUGAAGCAGGAGGAGCGGAGCCUGGGAGGUGGAUGAAGGUUUUAGAGUGUGUUUGUUGUUUCAAGGAGAAUGGAUCUGGAGAUCAAGUUGUUACAGCUGAGGAACAGGAGAGGAUGGUGGAUGAGCUUCUCCAUGAACCUCGGCGAACCAGAAUCAUCCUGAACAUUGGACUGGUGGUUAUUUGCUCUGUGGCCAUUUUCUUAUUUAUCUAUUUCUCCUUAUAG